AAUAUGAUGCAGCAACUCUGGCAAUAUAUCAAACAAAUCAAGCUUCUAACAGCAUGGAGAACCACAUUUUCUUAUUGAUACUUCUCUUUCUAAUUCAAUAUUACUUUGUUUCUAUAUCAGCUGCUUCGUCAAAUGAAACAGAUCGUGAAGCUCUAUUAGUAUUCCAAAAUCUUGUUGCAAGUCCAGGUCAUUUUUUGGCCAAUAAUUGGACCAAGACUACUUCUUUUUGCUCUUGGUUUGGUGUCACUUGCAGUUCAAAAAGGCAAAGGGUUGUCGCCUUGACUCUUCCUGAUUUGAAACUACAAGGUACAAUUUCCCCUUCAUUGGCCAAUUUGUCCUUUCUCAGUGUGCUCGAUCUCGGGAACAAUAGCUUCCACGGUGGCAUCCCUUACGGACUUGGCUACUUGCCUCGCUUGCAAGUGAUUGAUAUUCAAAAUAAUCGGCUCAAUGGAAGUAUUCCAGCAAGCCUAUUUCAACACCGUAGAGUUCAAGUAAUUUCAUUGGCUUUCAAUGAACUCAGCGGUGAAAUGUGGAAAGGGCCAUGGGAUGUACCCGAACUCAGAGUCUUAAAUCUCAUGAACAAUAGCCUCACAGGUAUAAUCCCUCCUUCGGUCGGAAAUGCCACAAAGUUGAUGAACUUCGUUUUGUCUGGGAAUAGAAUCAGCGGCGACCUUCCAAAGGAGAUCGGUAAUAUGAGUCAACUAACAUUUUUGUCCUUGGUCGAUAAUCAAUUAACUGGUUCCAUUCCCGCAGCACUGUUUAAUAUCUCGUCACUACUUGAAGUGCGUCUAGGAUUCAAUAACCUAUUUGGACCUCUCCUGCUUGAUGAAGGAAACAUUGUGUCAAAUCUAGAGUUAUUAAGUAUAUCUAAAAACCAAAUUUCUGGUCACAUUCCUGCCAACAUUUGCCAACUCACAAAGCUCAAACGGUUGUCCAUAUCAUACAACAAGAUAACUGGAGAUAUACCCAAAAAUAUUGGUUGUCUAGCCAAGCUCGAAAUAUUCUAUAUGGGUACAAAUGAAAUAAGUGGGACUAUUCCUGCUUCAUUUGGCAAUAUUUCCACUCUGCAAUAUCUUGAGUGUCCAAGAAAUCACAUAACGGGGCAAAUUCCUCCGGAAUUAGGGAAGCUAUCAAAUUUGAGGAAAUUAAUUUGUCCAGAGAAUUAUAAUCUUACUGGUCAAAUUCCAGAGGCUAUUUUCAACAUAUCCUCGUUGGAAGUCAUUGAUUUCAAUCUCAACAACCUUUCGGGGGGGAUUCCAGCCACGACAGGUCUUUAUCUUCCAAACCUUGAAGAACUUUACUUGGGAGUCAAUCAGAUCAAAGGGGAAAUUCCUUUGUUCAUAACAAAUGCUUCCAAGCUUGAGAUACUGUCGCUAGCAAGUAACUUUCUCACAGGAACUAUUCCUAUUAAUUUGGGAAAUCUUCGUGCGCUGCGAGGACUGUACCUAGGUGGUAAUCAACUUACCAAUGAACAACAAGGGCAUGAGUUGGGAUUCUUCAAUUCCUUGGCGGACUGCAGGAUGUUGCAAACUCUACAGGUGGGUAGCAAUCCCUUGCAUGGCGUUCUGCCCAAUUCUAUUGGGAACCUUUCAUCUACUAUAGAAAUAUUAUACAUGGGAGAUGCAAAUAUCAGUGGCUUCAUCCCCACGAGUAUAGGCAACAUGAGUGGUCUAAAGACCCUAGAAUUUCAAGACAACGACCUGACGGGAAAUAUUCCUCCCGAGAUUGGUAAGCUUAAACAACUCCAAGGGCUGUAUCUACAAAGCAAUAAAUUGCAGGGACCUAUCGCAGACGUGGUAUGUCAUUUAUCUAAUUUGAUUGAAUUAACUCUGGAUAGAAAUGAGCUCACUGGAGUGAUCCCAGAAUGUAUAGGAGAUCUAAGCAUGCUACAACAGCUUUAUUUGGAAUCUAACAAAUUUUCAUCCAUUAUUCCUUUGAGCAUUUCUAAGCUGAGUGGUCUUUUGUAUCUACACAUUUCACGGAAUUCUAUAGUGGGAGAAGUUCCGUCAGAUAUUGGAAACCUGAAAGCCAUGGUAGAUCUAGAUCUUUCUGGUAACCAGCUUUCGGGGGUGAUACCAAGCGGAAUAGGGGAACUCCAAAACCUGGAGCAUCUUGACCUAUCAAACAAUUCAUUUUUGGGAAAAAUUCCAUUAUCUUUUGCCAACUUGAAAGGCUUGGAAUUCUUGGAUCUGUCACUAAAUGCCUUAUCAGGUACUAUUCCUAAGUCUGUGGAAAAACUCGCAUAUCUUAAAAGCAUUAAUGUUUCAUUUAAUGACUUAGAAGGUGAAAUACCCAAUGGUGGGGUGUUUGCAAAUUCCACUCUACAAUCAUUUCUUGGGAACAAAAGGCUAUGUGGAAUGCACAUAUUGGAGGUUCCUGCUUGUGCUAUCACUAAUACUAGAAAAAAAUCAAAGUCUAAGAAGCUCGUGCUUAAAAUUGUUAUUCCUGUGGCUACGUCAUCAUUUCUGAUAUUAUUGUUGGUGUUAGCUUGGAUGGUGAAACGAAAGAAGAAAGCAAAGUCUGAUGAUGUGGAAAAGGCACUGGAGAUCAAGACUCAUCAAUUAGUUUCUUAUCACGAGAUUCAACGAGCAACAAAUAAUUUUGAUCAAUCCAAUUUGAUUGAUGUGGGAGGUUCUGGCUCUGUGUAUAAAGGUAUAUUAUCUGGUGGAAUCAUAGUUGCAAUAAAGGUUCUGGAUUUGGAAAAUGAGGAAGUAUGCAAAAGGUUUGAUACCGAAUGCGAAGUUAUGAGAAAUGUUAGACACAGAAAUCUUGUCCCCGUGAUUACUACUUGUUCUAGUGACUAUAUAAGAGCCUUUGUUCUGAAAUAUAUGCCCAAUGGAAGUCUUGAGAAUUGGUUGUACAAAGAAGAUCGCCACUUGAACCUUCUUCAAAGAGUUGCCAUAAUGCAUGAUGUGGCUAUGGCAAUUGAAUAUCUGCAUCAUGGAAAUGACACUCCGAUAGUUCAUUGCGACCUGAAGCCAGCCAACGUUCUUUUGGAUGAAAAUAUGGUAGCUCAUGUUGGUGAUUUUGGCAUCUCUAAAAUUUUAGCUGUAAGUAAGUCCAUGGCACACACCGAAACAUUGGGCACUCUUGGAUAUAUUGCACCAGAAUAUGGUUCAGAGGGAAUAGUCUCCGCUAGUGGUGAUGUUUACAGCUAUGGCAUCAUGUUGAUGGAAGUUUUGGCAAAAAGAAGGCCGACAGAUGAAGAGUUAUUCAAUGAAAAUCUUGGCUUGAGAGAGUGGAUAAGGCUAGCAUUUCCGAGAACCAUAAUGGAAGUUGUGGAUGCCAAUCUUUUUCCCGAGGGAGAACAAAUCACUUCUAAAAGUGGAAUCUGCAUAAUUUCCAUGAUAGAAUUGGCUUUAGAUUGCACAAAGGAAGCUUCAGAAUCAAGAAUAACCAUGAAAGAUGUAGUCAAAAGGCUUAACAAAAUCAAGAACAUGUAUCCGGAAACAUAGAAAGUUAGCAUCUCUUCCGAUGGUGUUCUUUCUGUGCUGCAAAUUUUUGGAAUGAAUGUAAAAAGUUAGCAUCUUUUAAA